AUAGAUGCCCACUUGGAAGGAGAGUUGGGGUUAAAUUGGGGGCAUUUUCUUUCUUAAAAUUAAAGAGCGGCAGCGGUGCCUUGUAGAUGUGUAUAAUAAAAGGACAAGCGUAAAUGCGGCUCAUAUUCUCCUUCAUCUUGUCUACUUGCAACAUUUACAUUUCCUGCCCUUUAUUAUUAUAUUAUUAUUAUUGCUCCGUAUUGUUUUAUUAUUAAUGAAUUAUUAUUAGUAAUAUGUGUAUGUAUAUUGGUUUUGAUUUACCCCUCGCAAUAUUUACGUAUUCAAUGAAUCCUCAGUAGCUUCCUAACCUUUCCUCUCUUUGUAUCUCUCUCUCUAUAUAUAGUAUUGAUCGAAUUGGUUGGGUGAUUGAGCGCGGCUUAGAAGGCUCAUGAUCUUCGUCCACUACAACCUUCAAAGUUGCGUGGCGAACUAAACGAAAAGGGGCAUUAAUGGGUGGAGAAAAAUCCAUCACUCUUGAUGACAUCAAGAAUGAAACUGUUGAUCUGGAGAAGAUCCCAAUUCAGGAAGUGUUUGAACAGCUGAAAUGUAGCCACGAGGGGCUGACCUCAGAGGAGGGAGCUAACAGGCUUCAACUAUUCGGACCAAACAAGUUAGAAGAGAAGAAGGAAAGCAAGGUACUGAAGUUCCUCGGGUUUAUGUGGAACCCACUGUCAUGGGUCAUGGAAGCUGCUGCCAUAAUGGCAAUUGCACUAGCCAAUGGAGAUGGGAGGCCCCCGGAUUGGCAGGACUUUGUGGGUAUCAUUUGUCUGCUCGUCAUCAACUCAACCAUCAGUUUUAUUGAAGAAAACAAUGCUGGAAAUGCUGCUGCUGCUCUUAUGGCUGGACUUGCUCCCAAGACCAAGGUUCUGAGAGAUGGGCGUUGGAGUGAACAGGACGCUGCGAUUCUGGUCCCAGGAGAUAUUGUGAGCAUAAAAUUGGGAGACAUCAUUCCCGCGGAUGCUCGUCUUCUAGAAGGUGAUCCAUUAAAGGUUGAUCAGUCUGCACUUACUGGGGAAUCUCUCCCAGUGACCAAGUCUCCAGGAGAUGAAGUCUUCUCCGGGUCAACGUGCAAACAAGGAGAGAUUGAAGCUGUUGUUAUCGCCACAGGGGUUCAUACUUUCUUUGGAAAGGCAGCUCACCUUGUUGACAGCACUAACCAGGUUGGCCACUUCCAGAAAGUGCUCACUGCCAUUGGGAACUUCUGCAUCUGUUCAAUUGCUGUGGGGAUGCUAGCAGAAAUCAUUGUGAUGUACCCGAUUCAGCACAGGAAGUACAGGGAUGGAAUAGACAAUCUGCUUGUUCUCUUGAUUGGCGGCAUUCCCAUUGCCAUGCCAACCGUCUUGUCAGUCACAAUGGCCAUUGGAUCGCACAGGCUGUCACAGCAGGGUGCCAUCACCAAGAGAAUGACUGCGAUUGAGGAGAUGGCGGGGAUGGAUGUGUUGUGCAGUGAUAAGACAGGGACCUUAACUCUAAACAAGCUUAGCGUUGAUAAAAACCUGAUUGAGGUCUUUGCAAAAGAUGUGGAUAAAGAGCACGUUCUCCUUUUCGCUGCAAGGGCUUCAAGAACUGAAAAUCAGGAUGCUAUUGAUGCUGCCAUGGUCGGCAUGCUUGCUGAUCCUAAGGAGGCACGAGCUGGUAUUCGUGAAAUCCAUUUCCUGCCCUUCAAUCCCGUGGAGAAGAGGACUGCCCUAACAUACAUUGAUUCUAAUGGCAAUUGGCACCGUGUGAGUAAAGGUGCCCCAGAACAGAUUUUGGAACUCUGCAAAGCUAGCGAGGACCUCAAGAGAAAGGUUCAUUCCGUGAUUGAUAAGUAUGCUGAACGUGGGCUUAGGUCGUUGGCUGUGGCUAGACAGGAAGUGCCAGAGAAAACAAAAGACAGUAUGGGAAACGCUUGGCAAUUUGUUGGAUUGUUGCCCCUCUUUGAUCCUCCCCGUCAUGAUAGCGCUGAAACCAUUCGCAGGGCCUUGAAUCUUGGCGUUAAUGUUAAAAUGAUCACUGGUGAUCAACUUGCAAUCGGCAAGGAGACAGGUCGUAGACUUGGAAUGGGAACAAACAUGUACCCAUCUGCUUCUUUACUUGGCCAACAUAAAGAUGCAUCUAUUGCUGCUCUUCCGGUGGAGGAACUUAUUGAAAAAGCUGAUGGUUUUGCUGGAGUGUUUCCAGAACACAAAUAUGAAAUCGUGAAGAAAUUGCAAGAGAGGAAGCACAUUGUUGGAAUGACAGGAGAUGGUGUGAAUGAUGCUCCAGCUCUAAAGAAGGCUGAUAUUGGAAUCGCGGUUGCUGAUGCUACUGAUGCUGCAAGGGGCGCAUCUGAUAUUGUGCUUACUGAGCCGGGGCUAAGUGUUAUUAUCUGUGCUGUCUUAACUAGUAGAGCCAUUUUCCAGAGGAUGAAGAACUACACUAUCUAUGCGGUUUCCAUCACAAUACGUAUUGUGUUUGGUUUCAUGUUUAUUGCUUUGAUAUGGAAGUAUGACUUCUCUGCUUUUAUGGUUCUUAUCAUAGCCAUUCUAAACGAUGGAACCAUCAUGACAAUCUCUAAGGAUAGAGUAAAACCGUCACCGUUGCCAGAUAGUUGGAAAUUGAAGGAGAUUUUUGCCACUGGUGUUGUUCUUGGAAGUUAUUUGGCGUUGAUGACAGUGGUCUUCUUCUGGAUUAUGCAUGAUACCGACUUUUUCUCUGAUAAAUUUGGAGUGAGGUCACUGAGGAAUAGCGAUGAGGAAAUGAUGGCAGCGCUAUACCUACAAGUCAGUAUAGUGAGCCAGGCUCUCAUCUUUGUCACCAGAUCCCGAAGCUGGUCUUUUAUUGAACGCCCAGGACUUCUCUUACUUAUUGCUUUUUUUAUCGCCCAACUGGUUGCAACCUUGAUAGCUGUGUACGCGAACUGGGGAUUCGCGAGGAUCAAAGGAUGUGGUUGGGGAUGGGCGGGUGUGGUGUGGCUUUACAGCAUUGUUUUCUAUAUCCCACUUGACGUGCUGAAGUUUGCCACUCGUUACGCCUUAAGCGGAAAGGCAUGGCUUAAUUUGUUGGAGAACAAGACUGCCUUUACCACAAAGAAGGACUACGGGAAAGAGGAGAGGGAAGCACAAUGGGCUCAUGCUCAGAGGACUCUACACGGACUACAACCCCCCGAAUCUUCUAAUCUCUUCAAUGAGAAGAGCAGCUAUAGGGAGCUGUCUGAAAUAGCAGAACAGGCCAAACGUAGAGCCGAUAUGGCCAGGCUCCGAGAACUGCAUACGCUCAAAGGGCAUGUUGAGUCAGUGGUGAAGCUCAAAGGUUUGGACAUCGAAACUAUCCAGCAGCAUUAUACUCUGUAAACAGUCUCAGUUUUCCAUAAAUUGCCAGCUUAGGUGUCAAAGCAGGCACUUCAACAAUGACAGACCUGAGAGACCAGCUUAUUGCAACUCCACAACACAAACAGGGUCUUGAUUAUUAGUUAACAAGUAUAAACCUGUCUUGUCUUCUUCUUAGACAUACAAUGCACUAAGUUUUAUUGAGUUGUGAUAUCAUGUAUUUGUACUUGUAUUUGUAGUGCAUUUUUAUUUGGGGUAUUUGAUGGCAUACUUAAUUCCUUC